AUGGUAUCUCCGAAAUCCCUCGGUCUCAUAGUUAUCGGUGACGAAAUACUGAAUGGAAAAGCGAAAGAUUGCAAUUCACGACAACUAUGCCUCACUGCCCCGCUUUUCGGUGUACGACUUCGGAAGAUUUCUGUCAUUCCUGAUGACUCAAAUGCAAUCUCGGAGGAAGUUCGCAACUUUAUGAACCGUUACGACUACGUAAUAACAUCCGGAGGUAUAGGUUCUACUCACGAUGAUGUGACGUAUGAAGGUGUUGCUAAGGCACUAAAUGAAAAAAUUAUCAUUCAUUCAAAGUUCCUCCAAACUCUCAGGAGACUAUUAGAACCGAACAUGAUUUCCUCUUCAGAUCCCAUGACCAAACUUGCCAAAAUACCGGAGUCAUCUGAAUUACUAUAUGCAACAGGAAUCCAGAUGGGAAGUGAAAGUUCUUAUCCUAUUGUCAAAGUGAAGAAUAUCUUCAUUUUACCGGGAGUUCCAUGCUUGUUUAAUAUGGCACUAGAGAUAAUUAAGGAUCAUAUCCGAGAUCCUAAUGUGAUAUUCUUUCAUCGUUCCUUAUAUCUAACCACUAUGGAAACUGAAAUAGCGAAGGAUUUGUCCCGCUUAGCCGAAAAAUAUCAAGGUGUAGUCAGUAUUGGAUCUUAUCCUGCAUUUCACAACAACUAUUAUCGUGUGCGAAUAGCCUUUGAUUCACUUGAAGAAGAUACUCUGAAGUUGGCUUACAAAGAUGCUGAAUGUCUAUUUAAAGAUUACAUUAUACAGUAUAAUCCAUAUCCAAUCGAUAAAGCUGAUGAGGAAGUUUAUAAAUUAUGUAAGCAGACAGAAUCCAAUUUGGGUAAACGUGUAGCUAAAUCUUUGCAGUGUAUAGAAGAGGCACUGAAUAAAUACAGUGAUUCUGAGCUAGUUAUAUGUUUCAAUGGUGGUAAAGAUUGCACAGCGUUACUUCACUUAAUCCAUGCUGCAAUUCAACACCAAAGUCAUAAUAAUAACAACCAUUCGGAAAAUAUAAAACCAAGAUUACCGAAACUUUUGUAUAUUCGUUCGUGUUCUAGUUUUCCAGAAACUGAACUAUUUGUUGAAAAAACAGUUGAUGUGUAUUAUUCAUUAUCGAGUAAAAUUUUACGACCAGAUUUAAAACAAAAUGAACAGCGACAAACUGAUGUAAAUUCACAGUCUUCAUCGUGCUCAAUGGAUAAUAACGUAGUUGUAUAUGAGGGAUCUAUUAAAAGUGCAUUGGAAAGAUUUUUAGGGGAUUAUCCUGAAAUAAGAGGUGCCUUCAUGGGUACAAGAUACACAGAUCCUGGGGCAUACAAAAUGUCUUAUAUGGUAAUGUCAGAUCCUGGUUGGCCUCAAAUUCUUCGGAUCAAUCCACUUUUAGAGUGGACAUAUUCUGAUGUAUGGAAUUUUCUCCGAUCUCUUUCGCUUCCAUACUGCAGUCUGUAUGACGCUGGAUACACAUCAAUUGGAAGUAUGGAAGAUACUCAUCCCAAUCCCCAAUUAAGGUAUAUAACAGAAAGUGGACGAAUUGCAUACCAUCCAGCAUAUACACUAGACGAGGAGAUUUGUGAACGCAUUGGUCGUGUGCAUCAAAAUACUAAAACUGAUUGA